AUGCAGAAAGCAAUGACAUCCGGAACCCAAUAUGACACCCACAAGCCAAACGAGCUACGUCGUCUUUAUGAGCCCCUUGGGGUUCUGCACGAAUUAACUACGAAGGACGCAACGAAACCGCGCUCUAUUUUCUCGACGAGCUCUCAAGCGAUCAGCAUCACGCAACGCCGCCGAGAUUUUGUUGAUGCAAUUGCCUUUCUCGGAGCUUAUGAAAAGGAAUGUGAGAUCGCUGUUGCUGUAGAACAGCGUCCAGAUGGACUUAUCGUUCGAGUUGCAGGCACUGGCGAUAUUGAUGGAAUUGUUGUUCCAUUUCUCAACAAUCUCCUAGACCUAUUAUCAACCACCUUGAGGCUACGAAAAGACGAGAUUCAAGGCCGCGAAAAGGAAAUAUCCUUCGAUUUUCUCUCAGACAUCGCGCUCGAUUUUGCCUCAAAGAAAGUUUAUGGUCACUACAUGAAAUUGUUGCACCAUAUCGCUCCGGUAUGCUUCGCUGAUAUGGAAAGAGGGCCAAAUGACGCGAACACGGGCUCUCUUGACUUCAAGGUUUGGUUUCAGGAGAACUUCUACAAAAAUGGCGCGCCUUUGUCCCAGGAGCACAUGAAGCUUAUAGCAAAGGAAUGUUUCAAGGCGCGGCAGUCUAUACUGUUAGACCCCCUGAGAAAUUUUACAUAUCAAGGACAUGAACACGUUACCUAUUUUGAGAAGUUUUAUAAACAGCUUCGAAAAUUGAGUCUGACUAUGGACAUGACCUCUCAACUCCUUGAGUCUGCUAUCUCUCUACGUCAAGAUUUCACAAAUGACCUUGUAGCGGAGAGCAUACCGUCCUCCCCGCGCUUGCCGAUCCCCCUUCUUCAACGCAAGCUCACCAUGGAGGGCAUCGCAAAUAGAAUCUCCUCCGACUCAUCAAAAAGAGAUGACCUCCUCCGGAAGCUCCAGCUGACGGCGCCAUCAGGACUGAUCCAAGCCCUAUCGCACUAUUCACAGAAGGGCUUUACUGAAGUCCAUCCCGAGCUUCUCGUGAUAAACUACUUUGACGCACUUUCGGACGGCCGCUUGAUUGACGAACGUGACAAAUAUAUUGGCUGUACGAAGCCAAGUUGUUAUCUAUGCCAUCUCUUCAUUUCGUACCAUCCCGCGAGAUAUUCUAUGAUACGUUCCAACUCUAGGAUUUGUUUAAAUUGGCGCCUACCAGACAUCUCUCACAGAGAAGGAAAUGCGAUGGCCCGUGCCAAAGAUCAGAAGUCCGUCCUCCGGAAGCUGAUUGAUACUAUCCGAGCUGACCUGGAGGAGAAAGUGAACAAUGACUGGAUUUCACAAUCUCGUUCCACAGAAUCAGAAUCAGAGUGGGCGCUACCUGUCGAAGACGAUACUAUCAAUUACAGCUCGCCACUAUCCAGUCCAGAAUCACCACCUGGCUGUCCAGCCGCCUUUACCGACGUACCUAUACUAGAGAUUAGUACGACUUUGGAUGAGGCAUCUGGUGGGAGCAACAGCAGUGAUGAAGAUACAAGGGACGAGGUUGUAUUCAAGGGCCGAUGUCGGUUCUAG